GAUAAAAAUCAUCUCUGUAAAGGAUGAUAUGAAUGCUAAUUCUCACUUCUUUGGGGAAGAAAUAAAGAGUUUGGCUGAUCUGGAGACAAAGUUGCUAAUGGAAAUAAUUGGUGAUCGUCUUCGUCAAUUUGAGCCUCUUACCAAGGAGUAUGUCCAGAGCAAGGAAUGCUUCAAGCAAGAGGAGGAUGAUGAUGGUCUACAUAGAGCCUCAGAAGUCACAGAUUUUUCUGUAUCCGUUGACAUUCUUGAAGCGUUGGAUACUUUGAGAAGUCCGCUUUGUAUAAUUAAUGCCAGUCUCAAUCCAAAGGACUUUCGGAUUUGUGGAGAAGCGUCACAGAUGGGCUUGACCGAUUCAUUUUUGGCAGCAUAUUCACUAGUGAUUAUAGAUUCUCUGAGAAGGGCACCAGUCAGUUUGGAGCUGAUAUGCGAGCAUUGUUCGUUGUUUUUCAGCCAUUU